AUGGUACCAAAUAUUCAAAGUGUCUGCUAUCUCAGACAGACUCUCCGCCCAGGCGAGAUGUGUCCACUUAUGGGUCUCACACUUCUCCAAGUCCGGGAGACAAUGAGCCUGAUACUCGACACUUUUCAGCCCACAUUCGAGACAAAAAAGAGCUGGGUUACAGCUAAUGAACAGUAUGAUAAGAGCAACAGAGGACACACGACUUACAGAGACUUGCUCGGCAGCAGUCAACAGUCAAGAGACUUGGACCUACUCACAAAGCGACAUGAAAUCUUCAACCAAACGAUUCUGAAAGGUUUAUUUCCUCCUGGUACCUUAGACUUUCACUUCAUUCCAACCGGAAGUACAGAGUGGACACAAAACCGCGCAAGAUUAUGCCUUGACGGGUACACAGUGAGCAACAGGAUCGUCUGUGAUACGACACCUGAGACUUUCAAAGCAAUCGUUGUGAUCUUUGAAAAGCCUCGUAUCAGAUGCAACACUACUCGAAUGAAAGUAACAACCGGCACUCUACUCCACGAGUUGGUACAUGCAAUCUUGGAAGCAUAUGCAUGUGGGUGUCCAAAAUGCGCGGAGAGCAUGCUGGAGGGAGAAGGUCUGACUGGGCAUGGACCUGUUUGGAUGACUAUCGCUCUGAAUACAGAAAAGACUAUGCUCAGGGUGUUUGGAUAUCGUUGCUGGCUUGGUAGGAGUCAGUCUUUGGCGCAUGAACAUCACAUUGCGGGGCACCGACAUACGGAAAAGGAAUUGUUGUUUCAAGAAGUCAACGAGAGGCUUUAUUGCGAAGCGAGAAUGGAUUUUGCACUAGGUGAGACACGAAGUGGAAUCUCAUUCAACGAUGAGGACUUUGCUGAGAAGGGUGGUGGAGUGGAGGACAUCGAGGGACUGGAGAGCGACUAUUCAGAGGAUGAUGAGAGCGAAAGUGACAUGGUGGAGUCAUCAAAUUGCAAAAUCUGA